UACGGUAGCAAAACACACCGGUGAGAAACCCCAUAUGUGUGGGGAGUGUGGGUACAGGACAGCUAACAAGACCCACUUAUCCCGACAUAUGAGAACGCACACAGGAGAAAAACCGUACAAGUGUGACCAGUGUGACUAUUCUGCUACAGUAAAACAUCAUUUGAUCGACCAUCAAAUAAGACAUUCCGGUGAGAAACCCUACAUGUGCGAGGUGUGCGGGUACAGGACAGCUCAAAAGUUUAACUUAUCUCGACAUAUGAGAAUCCACACGGAAGAAAAACCCUACAAGUGUGACCAGUGCAACUAUUCUGCUUCAGAAAGAUCCAAGUUGGACAAACACCUCGCAAAACACACGGGUAAGAAAGUCUAUAAGUGUGACGAUUGUGGAUACAGGACAGCUAAAAAGUCAAAUUUCUCACGACAUAUGAGGACCCGACAAAAAUGUAAUUUUAAACGAGCAAAUCUAAUCAAGAACUUUGGUGAGAAACCUUAUCUGUGUGGAGAGUGUGGGUACAGGACAGCAAAAAAGGAUCACCUGACAGAACAUCUGAAAAUCCAUACAGGUGAAAAACCCUUCAUGUGUGGGGAGUGUGGGUACAGGUCAGCUCAUAAGUGUCACCUGUCCGAGCAUAUGAAAACACAUACCGGUGAAAAGCCCUUCAAGUGUGACCAGUGUGACUAUUCUGCUGCACAGAAAACCCACAUGGACAGGCAUAUAGUAGCAAAACACAGUGAUGAGAAACCCUACAUAUGUGGGGAGUGUGGGUACAGGACUACUCAAAAGGCACACCUGUCUCAACACAUGAGAAUUCAUACCGGUGAAAAACCCUACAAGUGCGACCAGUGUGAUUAUACUGUAGCACACAAAUCCUCUUUGAACGACCAUAUGCUGAAACACACGGGGGAAAACCCCUACAAAUGUGGGGAGUGUGGGUACAAGACGGCAAAGAAAGCUAACUUAUUCCGACACAUGAGAACACAUACGGGUGAAAAACCCUACAAGUGUGACCAGUGUGACUAUUCUGCAGCACAGAAAUGCGCUCUGGACCAGCAUAUGAGAAAGCACACCGGUGAGAAACCCUACAUGUGUGGGGUGUGUGGGUACAGGGCAGCUAAAAUGUCGAAUGUGUCUGACCACAUGAGAGCACAUAUUGGAGAAAAACACUACAAGUGUGAUAUGUGUAACUACUCUGCUGCUAGGAAAUCUCAGCUGUUUGGACAUUUGAAAAUACAUUCAAAAGAAACUAAGUCUACAAGAGGGACAAAUGUACAGCCUUUGACUUUGUCUCCUGAAACAUGAA